AUGAAGAUCCUCCACUUGCUCUGCUCUGUCCUCUGCCUGGUCACCUGGACCCAGGUCCAGGGGGCUGAGGUCAGAGAAGAGUUCCUGGUCAAGGAUGGACAGGUGGACAUGCCCAGGGUCGCUGGGGCUGACCAGCUGUUGUUAAAUGCCGAUGCCCCUCAGAGCUUCGUGCUCAAGACCCCCUCUCUAGGUGACCAUGGGGCGAGGAGUUGUUUCUGCUUCUGUAAGCCAAACUGCUCAGAUCCAGAAGCCCAGAUGGGGACCUGCAGCAGUAAUAGACGCCUCUGCUGUGAGUGCUGA